CCACUGCCAAACCUCCACUGUUUCUUCUUCAGCCACUUUCACACACACUAGACAAUGAUCUUCCACAAGAUUGCUCUCGUUAGCCUCAUUCUAAUUACAGUCCUCCUCUGUACUGAGUCGACUCAGCCCCCAUUCUCAUGCAACUCAUCAAACCCAUCAACCAAGUCGUACCCAUUUUGCCAAACUUCACUACCCAUCCGCAAACGGGUCCAGGACCUAGUCUCUCGCCUGACACUCGAUGAAAAAGUCUCCCAACUCGUUAAUACAGCACCCGCCAUUCCCCGACUCAGCAUCCCCGCCUACGAGUGGUGGUCCGAAGCUUUACACGGCGUUUCCAACGCCGGAUACGGCAUUGAAUUCACUGGCCGGAUUGGCUCCGCCACCAGCUUCCCCCAAGUCAUCCUUACCGCCGCCAGCUUCGAUGCCCAUCUAUGGUACCGCAUCGGUCAGGUGAUCGGAAAGGAGGCUAGAGCAGUGUACAAUGAAGGGCAAGCAAUGGGGAUGACAUUUUGGGCACCAAAUAUAAAUAUUUUCAGGGACCCAAGGUGGGGGAGAGGGCAAGAGACACCAGGGGAAGACCCAAUGGUCACUGGGAAGUACGCAGUGUCAUAUGUUAGAGGGAUACAAGGGGAUAGUUUUGAGGGUGGGAAGCUCAAGAAUGGGCACCUUCAGGCCUCUGCUUGUUGUAAGCACUUCACUGCCUAUGAUUUGGACAACUGGAAGGGUGUUAAUCGUUUUGGCUUUGAUGCUCAGGUGACAAAGCAGGACUUGGCAGAUACAUAUCAACCACCAUUCCAAAGCUGCAUACAAGAAGGGAGAGCUAGUGGAAUAAUGUGUGCUUAUAACCGCGUUAAUGGGGUCCCAAACUGUGCUGAUUACAAUCUCUUAACCAAAACAGCCCGUGUACAAUGGGAUUUUCAUGGGUACAUCACGUCGGACUGUGAUGCGGUCUCCAUCAUGCACGAUGAUCAAGGAUAUGCCAAACUACCGGAAGAUGCAGUCGCUGAUGUACUUAAAGCAGGCAUGGACGUCAACUGUGGUUCCUACUUGAAGAAUUACACCAAAUCAGCAGUUCAGCAGAAUAAACUGCCUGAAGCUUCAAUAGACAGAGCCCUUCACAACCUCUUCACUGUUAGAAUGAGGUUAGGACUGUUCAAUGGCGACCCAACCAAACAACUUUUCAGCACCAUUGGUGCGGACCAGGUCUGCACACAAGAGCACCAGGACCUAGCCCUUGAAGCUGCAAGAAAUGGCAUUGUCCUUCUCAAGAACUCUGCCAGGCUCCUCCCUCUUUCAAAGACCAAAACCAUGUCACUUGCUGUAAUCGGCCCCAAUGCCGAUGCCGCACAAACAUUGCUCGGAAACUAUGCAGGUCCUCCAUGCAAAUCCACUACACCACUCCAAGCACUGCAGGAAUAUGUGAAAAACACCAAGUAUAACCAAGGUUGCAAUGCAGUCAGCUGUACCUCUGUUUCAAUCAAUGAAGCAGUGAGCAUAGCGAAAGAGGCAGAUUUUGUGGUUCUGGUUAUGGGAUUGGAUCAAAGUCAAGAGAGGGAGUCUCAUGAUCGUGAGGACUUGGUGCUUCCGGGGAAGCAGCAGAGUCUCAUCACUAGUGUUGCCAAAACCACGAAGAAGCCAAUUGUACUGGUGCUGUUUUGUGGAGGUCCAGUUGAUAUUUCCUUUGCAAAACAUGACCCCAAAAUAGGAAGCAUCUUGUGGGCUGGUUAUCCAGGGGAAGCUGGAGGACUUGCACUUGCACAAAUCAUCUUUGGAGACCACAACCCAGGUGGAAAAUUGCCAAUCACUUGGUAUCCAAAAGAUUUCAUCAAAAUUCCAAUGACAGACAUGAGGAUGAGACCUGAACCAUCCAAAGGCUAUCCCGGGCGCACUUACCGAUUCUACAAGGGCCAAAAAGUUUUUGAAUUUGGCUAUGGUCUUAGCUACUCGGCCUAUUCUUAUGACUUCGUCUCUGUUACCAAAGACAACCUCUACCUGAAUCAAUUAUCAACCAGUCCAGUAAUUGAGAGCUCAGAGUCAGUGUGGUACAUCUCAGUGUCAGAAAUGGGGAGAGAGUCCUGUGAGAAGGCGAAGUUCUCAGCUAUUGUAGGAGUCAAAAAUCAGGGGGACAUGGCUGGUAAGCACCCGGUCCUACUGUUUGUUAGGCAGGCAAAGCUUACAAGUGGGAGUCCAAUGAAACAGCUGGUCGGAUUCCAAAGUGUGAGCUUGAAUACAGGGGAAAGAGCUGAAAUUGAAUUUGUUCUGAGCCCUUGUGAGCACCUUAGUAGAGCCAAUGAACAUGGUUUGAUGGUGAUUGAAGAGGGUACACAUUCUUUGGUUGUGGGCAACAAAGAAUACACCAUAAGCAUUGCAGUUUGAUAUCGACUAUCAAAUCUUCACUUAAAAGCCAAUGAUAACUGUUCAAGAACUACAGACUAUGUUUUAGCUUUCAUUAUGCAUUGCAAAUCACAGAUCGCAACAGCAAUUUAAGCUAUAUUCAUUGCUUUUACUUACACAUUGAGCAUAUUCUAUUUUCACUUUUCUAUAAUCCUGAAGUUGAACCCAAGCACAGCAAUGUCAAGACACAUAUCAGUUCUCCCAGAAAACAAACCCUCAAAUUUACAGGAAGAU